AUGUACACAUUUGUUUUCUCGACAACUCGAAAAACACGCGUGUUUAAGCAAAAGUUAAAAAAAUAUUUUAAUGAAAAUGAAAGCAAAACAAGUGUUAAAGAUUGAUGAUGUGAAUAGCAAUAAGAAAGUUUAUUUUGGUGACGACGGCGGAGUAGUUAAAACGCCUGUUGUCAGUAAGAAAAUCGAGAAAAAGAAGGAAAUCACUGAAGAAUCAAAUGAAAUUCCCCAAAAAUUUGAAAAUAAAAAAUUCAGGAAAUAUCAGCAGACUGAUACAAAUGUGGAAAUAAAAUGGUAUCAAAUACACCAUGAGCACAAUACGAAUGAAUUUAAAGAGUUGAAGGAUUCCGAGUUGAAUACACUUCAAUCGCUUUGUAGAAGUUGUUUCAAUGAAGAGAUUCAAAAGUUGAUGAAAAAUAAUCCAUCGGAUGCUAAAUGGUUGCAGACAGCAUUACACAAAGGAACUUCAAAAGAUCGCGCCAACGCUGGAGGUCUUUUAGUUCAAUCAAAUCCUCUACCGAAUUUAUCAGCCUUAGAAACUUUAAUUUCACUCACAAAAUUAUCAAACAAAACUAACAUUGACGUCUUUGAAAUAGUCACAGAUUUAUUCAUCAAUUCUCUUCUUCCAUCAAAUCGCAAAUUGAUUCCAAUUUCAGGCCGUGGAAAUGAUUGGAAAAUUCUUAAAAACAAAACUUUAGAAAAAUCAACUAAAGAUGAAAUUUACGCUUAUUGGCAUUUUGAAAGUGAAUUAAAAGAUCAAUAUCAUGGAUAUCUUCUCAAUCUUCAGUCAUCCUUUCAAAAUGGAAAGGAAAUCAACAAAAUCAAAGCAAUAAUUUCAGCUUCAAAACUUCUCAAAAGUUGUCCGGAACGCGAAACUUUCUUAUUGACAGUUCUUGUUAACAAAUUUGGCGAUCCUGACAAAAAGAUUGCAUCUAAAGCCACUUAUAACUUACGACAAAUCCUUCUUUCACAUCCCAACAUGUCUCAUGUGAUGGUCAUUGAAACAGAAAAAUUAAUUUUUCGUAAUAACAUCACUGAACAAGCGCAACAUUAUGGAGUCGGCUUUCUGUCACUUGUCGCACCAAUUGCCAAUGUGAAAACAAGUCAACAACUUAUUAACAUCUGCUUUUGUUUCUUUAAGAUUAAAAUUGAAAAGGGUGAUAUCAACUCAAAAACCAUGCAAUCGAUUCUUAACUGUCUUCGUAUAUCGAUUCAAAACAUCAACGAUUUCAACGAAGACAAGAAAACGAUUGAAAUAACAACACCGGAAGUUGUUAGCACAAUUUAUCGAUUAAUUUAUUUGUCAAACAUUUCCAUCGCUUUUCAAGCGUUGAGUUUGCUUCUUCAGCUUGUGUUGGUUCAAGAUGAGAAGCAUGAUCGCUUUUACAAUGCAUUAUAUCGGAAAAUGGUAGAUCCUGGCAUUUUAAAUGCUAACAACAAAGUAACUUCGCUUUAUUUUCACAUCAUUCAUCAAUCGAUUCAACAAGAUUCAAAUGUUUCACGUGCCAAAGCAUUUAUAAAGCGUCUUCUUCAAAUGACUUUAUCAUUUCCACCUCCAAGAGCCUGUGGAGCUUUAAUUGUCAUUAAUAAAAUAUUAAAAGUUCGACCUGAACUUAUGGGAAGUAAUUUGAAGACAGUUGUAACGCAAGUGAAGACUUUAACAGAAACUGAUGUGAAAAUGAGUAAAUUUGAUGACGAUUCAGAUGGUGAAGAAGUUUACAAAGAUGUUUUACUUGAUGACAAAGGAGAAGAAGUUAAAGUGAAUGUAACAUCAACAGAAGAAGUUUCAUCUUCAUGGAUUCAUCUUAAAAAUACCACGAAACAUGAGAAGCAAGUGGGAAGAGUUCAAACUGCUUACGACCCAUAUAAGCGAUCAGCUGCUUAUUGUGGAGCUGAAUUCAGUUUAUACUAUGAAUUGAUUUUAAUGUCACGAUACUUCCACCCAACUGUUCAAGUUUUCAUCAAAGACAUUUUAAAAAGCCACAAAAUUAAAUAUUUUGGCGAUCCAUUAAAAGAUUUCAGUUUAUCGCAAUUUCUUGAAAGAUUUUCGUUCAAAAAUCCUAAGAAAGUUAAAGAAAGAGAACAGAAAUCUGUUUUCCAUCAUAAUUAUCAACCAAAAGGGUCACGUGGACAAUCAGUUUACCUUCUGACAGCUCAAAAUUGUACGGAAGAUGAAAGAUUCAUUUUUGACUUCAUCCAAAGGAAGCGAGAAAUUAAGGAAAAACAUGGAAUUGUAAAAGAAGAGAAAGAUGACGACUUGGAAUCAGUAGAUGAUGAUGAGUUUGACGCUUAUCUUGAUAGUCUAGGCGCAGCGAAUGAUGUCAAGAAUCUUGAUAGAGAUUUCGAUUAUCUUAGUGAAUUGCAGAAAGAUUCGAAUAAGAAUGACGAAAAUGGCAAAGUAAAGAAAAAAUCUAAAAACACUGAAGAAGGAAGUGACGAUGAUGAUGGUGAUGAUUGGGGGAGUAUUGAAGGAGACAGCGAUGAGAGCGAACCAGAAAUUGAUGAUGAUGAUGAAAGUGGAACUGAUCAAUCAUUGGACGAACCUGAAAUGUCUGAUGAUGAAUCGAUGGACGAAGAAGAAUCAAAUGAUGAAGCUGAGAAUUCAUCCACUAAAAAAUCUGACAAGAAGUUGAUAAAGAAAAUUGGAAAAUCGAAGGGAGCUGAAGAUUUAUUUGUCGCUGUCGAUGAUUUUUCUGAACUUAUCGAGAAAAACUCUUCAAGUGCUCAUGGAACUUUGGGUGAAAUCUUCAAUAAAGAUAAAUCAUCACAAAAGCAAAUGGAUUGGGAAGAAAAACGGCACAAUUCUCACAAAGGAGUUUCACUCAUAGUUUAUAAGACAUUAACCAUGGAAAUAGCUGAUAUGUAUUAUAAUAAAGAUGAGGUUGUUGAGACAGCUUCAGGAAAUAAGGUAAAUCGACAAACAGUUUUAUGUGGCAGUCAGAAUAUUGUGCUACAUGGAAAGGUCAUUGUUGAUAAAGGAGCGAUUGUCAGAGGUGACCUCGCAAAUGUUAGAACCGGCAGAUAUUGCAUAAUUUCAAAGAAUUCCGUGAUUCGACCACCUUUCAAACAAUUCAGCAAAGGAGUUGCUUUCUUUCCACUACACAUAGGGGAUCAUGUAUUUAUCGGAGAGAAUUCUGUAAUUUCAGCAGCUAGCAUCGGAUCUUAUGUUUAUAUAGGAAAGAACGUAGUCAUAGGACGACGAUGUUAUAUCAAGGAUUGUUCUAUUAUCGAAGAUGGAGCAAUAUUACCUCCAGAAACGACAGUUGCUAGUUUUAUGAAAUUCACUAAAGAAGGAACGAUAGAAGGAGGACAAGGAAAUCCCGCUGAAGUUCCACCAGCAAUGCAAGAUCUUAUGAUUGAUUUUACAAAAUCUUAUUACGAACACUUCAUUCCUCAUCCCAGGUGAACAGAAAGAGGUUUAAAUUAAUAACAUAUUUAACUCAAUUAAAAAACUUUCUGAAUAAAUUCUCUUUCAAAUAAACUUUGCAAACUUAUUUUCUUUAUAAAGUAG